UAUAACAAAAACAAGCGGCGGGCUGAGAAAGGAAAGCUGGCUGGGCCGUUCUCAGCAUUGGCCGGAGCCGCCUGAACCCUCCCUGCGGCCGGGCGGCUGCUGGAAGCCUGGAGACUUCUUUCUUGGCCAGACAGUUUUGAUUAAAGCCGGUGCUAAGCAGGCUGUCCGGGGGCAGAGCAGCCUCACUCCAGCUCCUCUCGGCUCCGGACGGCAGCGGCAUGGUGCUGCGGGGAGCCUGCCUGCUCCUCUGCCUCGUCUCCCUCGCCCAGGUCUCCGGCCAGCAAAACGGCAAGGGGCGGCAGAAGCCGGCGGCGGCCAAGAAAGAUGGUGUAAGCCUCAAAAUGAUUGAAGACCUGAAGGCCAUGAUUGACAACAUCUCUCAGGAGGUUGCUCUACUGAAGGAAAAGCAAGCACUUCAGACAGUCUGCCUGAAAGGCACCAAAAUUCACCUAAAAUGCUACCUGGCGUUCUCUGAGAGCAAGACGUACCACGAGGCCAGCGAGCACUGCAUCUCGCAGGGCGGCACGCUGGGCACGCCGCAGAACGGGGAGGAGAACGACGCGCUCUACGACUACAUGCGCAAGAGCAUCGGGGCCGAGGCGGAGAUCUGGAUGGGCCUAAACGACAUGGCAUCCGAGGGCAAGUGGGUCGACAUGACGGGCGGCCCCGUCCGCUACAAGAACUGGGAGACCGAGAUCACCACCCAGCCCGACGGCGGCAAGCUGGAAAACUGCGCGGCCCUGUCGGGGGCGGCGGUGGGCAAGUGGUUUGACAAGAGGUGCAAGGAGCAGCUGCCGUACGUCUGCCAGUUCAUGAUCGUGUAGCGGGGCCGUGUAGGGCUAUAGGGUGGCUACGUGCACACCCAGGCGUGCACGCACACACGCGCGGGCCCACACGCACCUUCACGUAGCACCAUGGCCUGGGCAGCCGCCGCAGCCCGGCGUCGGGUCGGAGCUGUGCUGCCUUUCACUCGGCCGCAUCCAGCCCCGUUCGCAUCCUUCCCCCUAAGGCAUGAUCCAUAGAUAUAUUUUUGUACACAGGGAAUUUACGAGGUGGUUUCGGCGAAGAACCAGUGCGACAGCCUGGGCGUUUCAGCCACCCGGGCUGUCGCUCUGCAGUCUCCGUUCCCACCUCGCCGAACCUUGCUGGGACACCGGCAAUGCCAGUCUGUGCCUUCUCCUCCGGCUUUGCUCCCCUGCAAUUCCAAUUUGGGGAUUGGUCCUGUCUCAGAGAGCAGAGGGUGUUAAUUUCACUGUUGGGCUUGCCAGCCCGGUACCAUUCUGCUUAAUGGGCUGACAUGCUGAGAAGAAGGGUGUCCUUCCCAAAAGCAUCCCCCGGUUUUUGACCCUUUUCUCACCAGUCAGAAGAAAAUGUUUCACUGACUUCAGUAGCAGAACUAACCCCAGCAUCUGACCUUUUGAAAAAAUCCCACCACAAGCUUUAUUUAAGCUCCUGUACAAAGGAGGAAGCAGUGAUUAGUUGCAGCAUACUCAGUCAAAUGCAUUAUUGGAAGUAGAAGGUGAAAGUAAUUAGGUAAAUAACAAAAAUGUAAAGCUACUAGGGAAUAUGCUGCCAUAUAAAAGACAACUGUCUAUCAAAAAUGAACCCUGAGAAGUCUGACUUUAGCCACUUCAGGAGUCAUAUAGCUUGUUUCAGUGAUGGAAACACAGCUUGGCAAACACAAACCUGCUGAGUACAGUUUGUGCCUGUAGAGUUGCCUCCAGCUGAAGAUCAGGCCUUGGUAAAUUUUUGCUGAGAAAAGGGUUAAAACAAAUAAAUAAAGAAAUAGGAACAAUGGGAAAGGAUUGCAGAGCAUCCUGACAGCUGAACACAGCCUCGUUGACAUUGAUUUGCUGACUGCUGGCUGAAAUGCAUCAGUGGCUCCUUGAAGUCCAGCGCUUGGUACUGGCCCUGCCCUUCGGGUUACACGUCCCUAGCAUGGCCAGACAGAGGGCAUCCCAACGGGACUCGUAGUGAGACAAAUUUUGAUUUGUUGCUUUGCUUAAAAACAGCACAGUGGUGGGUCUUCAGAACAUCGCGUGGGAGAGCCAAGCCGGAGGGGUCAAAAGCACACACACAGUGCAUACUUCCCAGGCUGUCAUUAUUGCCAAACUUUCUGCUGUUCAAAUGAAUACGAAAUAAAUAUAUAUAUAGCUUGCUGAAGGAAUGGA